CAUCAUCCCACAUCCCAACAAUAGUUCGUUGACCGGCAUAUGCAAAACCUUGCAGUAGUCCUGAAGCGUAUAAUACUGCCGUACCCAUCAUAACAAAGUCUGCACCGCUUUUAUCUCUUCUUGCUGGCAACACGAUCCCUUGCCAUCAUUCACCUCCUCCACCAUGGCCACCGAAACAGAGCAAUAUCAUCCUUCACGAACACCCACAGUCAUGUCUGAGAAGCACUUGUCGAGUUCAUACAUUAACCCUUCAUCACCUAAACGAAGAUCAACCAGAAUGCAAAGCACGAGAACCAGCGACGGCACGGUCAGCACAAGGAUGAGCUACAACAGCAGCGGAAGAUUAUCAGAAGCCACAAACAUUACACAACCACCGUCAUACUCGAAGAAGUUCGUCGUCGUAGGAGACGGUGGUUGCGGCAAGACGUGUCUGUUGAUCAGCUACGCACAAGGAUAUUUCCCAGAGAAAUACGUCCCUACCGUGUUCGAGAACUACAUCACCCAAACCACGCACAAGCCGACAGGCAAGGCAGUCGAGCUCGCGUUGUGGGAUACCGCAGGACAGGAAGAGUAUGAUCGGCUCAGACCAUUGUCAUACCCGGAAACAGACCUGCUGUUCGUCUGCUUCGCCAUCGAUUGUCCCAAUUCUCUCGAAAAUGUCAUGGACAAGUGGUAUCCUGAAGUCCUGCACUUCUGCCCGACGACUCCUCUUAUCCUCGUGGGCUUGAAAUCUGACCUACGAAACAAACGAACAUGCAUCGAACUCCUCCGCACUCAAGGCUUGACACCGGUCACCCCUGAGCAAGGCGAGGCGGUAGCGAAGAGAAUGGGAGCCGCAUAUAUCGAGUGCAGCGCAAAAGAGAACAAUGGCAUUCAAGAAGUCUUCAACCUGGCCAUCAACACCGCGAUUCAAGUCGAGGAAGCCAGCUACGAGCCGAAGCCCAACAACAAGGGCAUCAAGGUCAAGAAAGCGAAGAAGAGGAAGUGUGCAAUUCUCUGAUCGAUGAUUUCAUGCCCACUUCUCUGACUGCAUUGGCCCACCGGCUCGAAUAUUUGUUCUUGGUUUUGGCCACCCUGGCCGUGAUGUACACGCAUCCUAGACGGCGUUGCUGCAUGAAUGCAUGACUGGCGUUGAAUUGGCCGCCUUAUGGUCCUUUUUGCUUCGGCCUCGACAUGACGGCUGACUUUUGUAUGGAUAUGAUCAGCAGGAAGGUUGUCUGCCCAAAAUUGGUACAAAUUGCACAACUGUCUUAACCAUGCCCGAGUCGUGGCU